GACCAAUCUUGUCGUGCGAGUUCCUGAUCAGCUGGAAUUCUUCACGGUGAUAUAGCAAGGAUUCGCAGGGUAUAAGGAUGUUUCGGAAUGCUUCAAUCUAUUCGGAUGCUACCCGUCAUGGAUCAUUUCGGCAUUGUGGGAGAUGUUUCCCUUAGUUUCUCGUGGUGGAUUUUUGGUAUAUAGAUAGAUGAUUGUCCUGAAGUACCCAUUUUCUUCUGAGCAUCCAUCUUGCAAAUUUUUUGGCUUUGUAACUCAAGUCUGUGUGAUUUUGAGAAAAGACCUAAUUAAUCAUGCUUUUGAAAAGUUUUGUCGCCGCGAUUGGUGCCUUUGUGGCUUCGGUGGAUGCUACCAUUUACUAUGCAGGAGUAGCUGAGAGUGGUGGAGAGUUUGGAGUUUACAGUGGAACCGGUACCGUGGGAACAGGAUUGCCGGGUGUGUUUGGUCAGGAUUAUGCAUUCAUUAACACAUCUGCAAUUGAUGUUUACGUGGAUAAGAACAAGGUCAACCUAUUCCGAGUAGCAUUCCUACUCGAGCGAAUGUGCCCUCUCGCUACCGGUUUAGGUGCUACAUUCGACGAAACUCAUUACGGCCACUUCGCGGAUGCAAUCAACUAUAUCACUAAAACCAAGUCAUCCUAUGCCAUCCUAGACCCUCACAAUUAUAUGCGUUACAAUGAUCCUUCUUCUCAGCCAUUCUCUGGAUCCGUGAUCGGUAACACAUCAGAUCCUAAUGCUGCAACCACGGCACAAUUUGCUGCAUUUUGGGGUGAGUUGGCGAAGAGAUUCAAGAGUAAUACGAAAGUUAUCUUUGGAUUGAUGAAUGAGCCUCAUGAUAUGGCCACGAGCUUGGUAGUUGCAAAUAAUCAAGCUGCCAUUACUGCGAUUCGUAAGGCCGGUGCUAAGAAUCUGAUCUUGGCACCAGGAAACUCCUGGACAGGAGGACAUGCUUGGACCCAAGGCAGCGACCCAUCUAGCGCCCUGAUGCAAACUCUCCAGGACCCUCUCAACAAUACCGCAAUGGACAUCCACGAAUAUCUCGAUGUUGAUUUCUCAGGCGGCCACUCUGUCUGUGCAUCUUCAGCUCCAGAAAAUCUCGCCCCUCUGACCGCUUGGCUCAAAACCUACAAUCUCAAAGCCAUGAUUACUGAAUUUGGUGGUGCUAACGGCACAGAAUGCGCUCCAUACAUUAAAGGAAUUGUUGAUUACAUGGCGCAAAACGAAGAGUAUAUAGGAUGGACAGCUUGGGCGGCUGGACCCUUUUGGGGAACUUACUCGCCAUGUUGUGCAGAUUCGCAACAGUGGGGAAGUUUGGAACCGGGAAGUGUUGCUUCGGAUGGAAGUCCAGGAUUGUACACAACUGUUUGGUUAAAUGUUAUCCAACCAUUGUUGCCAAAGACGUUGCAGAAGUCGGGAGCAGCAACUGUGCACUGAAAUUAGUUGGAGUGUGAUCCGAGUGUUGUGAUUUGAAUCAAACCCCAGGUCACUUUUUUGGACGACUUUUUUUCUUAGAUUGUAUUGUCUAAGUCACAGAAACAGUUAGUUCUAUGUAUAUAAAUCUGAAUGUGAUCUUCA